GCUCAGGGAGCGCACAGUGAUUGCCGGUGCGCUGUGUCCAUCGGACACAGUGGAUCAUGGAUCACGGAAAGAUCCGAAGAUGUCAACUUGGUCAUGUGAUCAGCUGUGUCCAAUCACAGCUGAUCACAUGGCACUGAUGAUCAGUGUGCCCUGAUGAUCAGUGUGGCCCCAGAAGUACCACCUGUCAGUGUCCAUCAGUGCCAGCAGUCAUUGCUCAUCAGUGCCACGUGCCAGUGCCCAUCAGUGCCACAUCAAUGCCACAUAUCAGUGCAUACCAGUGCACAUCAAUGCCACAUAUCAGUGCCCAUCUGAGCUGCAUUUCAAUGCCACCCAUCAGUGCCAGUCAGUGCCACCUAUCAAUGCAAAUCAGUGCCACCUAUCAGUACUGCCAAUCAGUGCCACCUAUCAGUGCCAGUCAGUGUCGCCUAUCAGUGUGCAUCAGUGCAGCCUAUCAGUGCCAGUCAGUGCCGCCUAUC